AUGUAUGGAGGAUAUCAGGGUGCUUAUGGCGCCGCCUACGGAAAUCAGCAAUACUCGGCCGCCGCGGCGAAUACGUAUCAACAGCAGCAACAACAACCAUAUUAUCAAGGCGUCAACCCAUAUGCCAAUUAUGGAUUCGCAGCAGCUGCAGCACUUCCACCACCACCUCCACCACCACCGGUCCCUUCCACAGACUACACCGCCGCCAACUUCUCCUCAUUCCCAUCACAGGGCAGUGUCACAGCGCCAAGUGCAUAUUUCAAGAAGGCAGGAGCCGCGCAGAACGACUAUUCCGCCGGCUUCAAUGGCUACGACGCGGCUGUCUACAACUACGCUCAACAGACGACCGCGUCGUCAACGAAAUCCACGUGGCAGCAGCAUCAACAGCGAGGGGGCGGAGCCAUGGGAGGGGGCGGAGUCAGAUACGGGAAGCCGUCGAGUGGAGACAACAAGGAGUAUUAUUGUGAUACUUGCAAAAUCUCGUGCGCCGGCGGCAUCACCUACAAAGAGCAUCUCGAUGGCAAGAAUCACAAAAAGCGCGAGGAAUCGCUGAAAAAAGGUACCCCCGUGUCGAGUCUGGCCAAAAACAAGCUAACGUAUCGUUGUGAGCUGUGCAAUGUGACAUGUACGGGACAAGACACCUAUAUGGCACAUGUGAAGGGUGGAAAGCAUCAGAAGACGGCGAGUUUGCAUCGGAAGCUGGGCAAAUAUGUGCCUGAAGACGUGCCGACGAUUAUUGCUCCGGGAGCCGAUGGACCGAUUGAGACGAAGGCCAAACCCAAGUGGCAUCAGCAUUCGUUGCCGGGAGGCAAGAAAGUGGUUGGCAUCAACACAGUGCAAUUCGUCGGUGGUCACAAGCUCAACUCCACCGGCCAACUCGAAGAGAAGAAGCGAGAAGUCGCGCUGGCAGUGAGCUCCGUCGGAAAAUCCACGCCACCUGCAGAGAUCGAAGUAGAGGACGAGAGAGUGCGCGAAAUGAUGAGAGCCGAGGAGGUGCAAGCAGUGGGGCUGGAUUAUGUUCUAGAGGAACGGGAUGCCACUGGAAAGCUAACCCAGUUCAAUUGCACACUUUGCGAUUGUAAAUUCUCGGAUCCCAACGCCAAGGAUGUUCAUGUCAAGGGUCGAAGACAUCGGAUGGCUUAUAAGACAAAGGUGGACUCGAGCCUAGUGGUGGAUCCGAAGCCGGCGAGUCAGAAGAAGAGCAAGAAGCAGCAGUCAGAGCAGCCGACAGUGUUCCCGGAACGCCUUCAUUUGUUCUCGGCGCCAGUUGGCACUAGCCAGGAGGCGAUUAUAAUCGACGAACGCACCGUCACAGAGAAGCUAAAAUCGCUGGAAAUGGGCGAGGAGUUCUAUAAAUCAACGGAACGAAUGAUUGGAGAGCUUCUUGGCAUGUUUCGAGCCGUUUCCGAACGUGCUGGAUACAUGGAGACGGAUGGCCUAACGGACCCAAAGCUGAUUGUCAUGGGAAACAUGUUUGUUGGGAAUCUGGCGAGAAAGACGUUUUUGAGCUAUGAAGAGCUGGUGGCGGAGUUUGUGAUGCAGACGACGCCGGUGCCGACGGAAGACGUUGUGAAGAAGGUGUUGGAGGCGGUCAGAGGGGUCACCGAGCCCGCCGGAUUCUCAUUCGACGUCGAUCCGACGUCUCCAAUUCGUCUUCUCGGCAGUGUCAACUAUAAUCCAGCUAUCAAAAUUCGUGUAUCCCUCGCCACUUCACUAUUCUCCAACAAAGAGGAAUUGGCCAAAUCGGAUUUCGCGCACAAAAUGGCGUGUGUCGAUUUGAACACACAAGUUAGAAGACAGCGAUGGUGGGAGCAAACGUGCCGCCCGCUCCUCGGCUUCCUCGCCGUCGUUCGUCUCCUUCGCGACGCUCGUUCUCGACACCCCGUGUGGAGUUUGCUCAAUGAUCAUCAACUCGACCUUAUCGUUCACAACCUCAUUGGCUCGACGAGCAUCGCGUUGACACAGUCGGAAGCGUUGAAAUUGGUUCUAGAGGCGUUUUCUGGCGGAUAUUUGUUUAAUGCAAUCCUCGUGGACCCGUGUGAGAUUUCAAAAGUCAACGUUCUGGAUGUGCUCACCGAUCAGCAGAAGCACGAUUUGACGUCUUCGGCUCAACAUUUCAAUCGUCUCAUUGCUUUCAAUCAAAUCCAUGAGUUCCUCGGAAUCGAUCGACUUUCUGAAGACAUCGCCGUCGCCGUCGCCGCUACAGAAGCCUCUCUAAAACGUCCACUGGAUUCUGAAGACCUCAUCGGAGAAGUGUACUCAGAAGACGUGGUGGAAGCCAAUGGAGAUCAUCCGGAUUCGAAAAAAGCACGUCUAGAGACUGAAGCGCCGAUUCUGGAGACGGUGGAAUCGACGGCUGUGCAAUCGGGAGAAGGGGCGGAGCCUAUGGAAGGGGCGGAGCCUAAUAAUGCCGACUAA